GAAAGACACAUUUGGAAUCCAUUUUUACUCAGCAAAAUCACUUUACUUUUGAUGAAUAUUUUCUUGUUGACUUAAUGACUUCAUAUCCCAUUUCUCAAAAUGAGUGCUGACGAUAUCAAUUCUUAUAAAACUGUGAUCAAAGCAAAGCUAUCAGGUGAAGAUUAUCAUGACAUUGUGAUUGACUGGACGGAUACAAGUCAACCAUAUGAACAACAAGUGUUUAGCCGACUUGCAGAAAUAUCGGGAAUAUCGGUUGAACGUACUGCAGAAUUUAUGUUUAUGGAUGGUGGUGACAGAUAUGAAUUUUUCCACAACGAACGUGCAGAACCUAAACUCGAGCAUACUCUUCUUUUGAGUAUGCAGCUAGAAUUUAACAGAGAAAAUCUUCUGAACCUCAUGAAUGGCAAUGAACGUUUUGGUCUUUCUCUCAGGUUGUCCUGUGAUGACAAUAAGCAUUUUUAUAUGUGGUACGCUUUUGUGCCAGAAAGAUUCAUGGAUGAAACUGAAUGUACUCUGAAUUUUUGUCAUUACUUGGACAAUAGAGCUAUUUUGAACAAAUUGAAAGCCAUUGUAACUAAUGAUGCAUUACAAUCACAAAUGAAGGAUUUUCUUGUACAACCGAGGUUUCCAUAUUUUGAUGACUUCUUUCUUAUCGAGCGAUGGCAUCAUGCUUAUAGAAGAUUCAAUGUCAUGCAAUACUAUUACAGAACUUGUUAUCCUUUCUAUCAAAACGUGAUGUUUGUAUGUCAGAAUUUCGAUUAUGUUCCAGCUCAACUCUAUCUGAGAACUCGUGGUUGACAAUAAGCUGCAUCAUCUUUACUGGAGUAGCCAUGACUUCAAUCAAAAAUUUUGCUUCGAUAAUAAAAAUUGAUAACAUCUG